UUCUUGUUAGGAACAGACACAGACCUUCUCGUGUUUCAAGAACCUAGAACUGAGUGUAAAGUCACAACACUCCUUACAAUUCGCAGCUGAGAGAAAUUCUCUUCCUGCGUUUGCUGGGAGGCGUGUCACCGGAGAUUCUAGUCCUCCAGUAUCCCAUCGACCUAGCAGUUUGGACCUUUUCCUCUUACACCACGGGUAAAGUUGUAGAGAGUUCGGAUCCUGCAACAUCCGGAUUGCUGAGAGGGGCUUGGAAAUGGCCGAGGUGUUCAGCAGCGAGGUUUUCCUCGCAUACUCUACCUACAGCACCAUCGUGUUGCUGAAGAUGCUGUUGAUGGGACCCCUGACGGCAUACUUUAGGGUCACACGGAAGGUCUUUGUCAAUCCUGAAGAUGCCAAUGCACAUGGCGCCAAGGAUGAAGAAUCCAAGAAAAUGUAUUUGAGGACUGAUCCGGAUGUGGAACGUGUGAGGAGAUGUCAUCAGAACGACCUAGAGAACAUUGUUCCAUUUGUUGGCAUUGGUCUGUUGUAUGCCCUCUCUGGCCCUGACCUGACUACAGCUGUAAUGCACUUCAGAAUCUUCGCUGCUUCCAGAGUCUUCCACAGCAUUGCUUAUCUGGUUCCUCUUCCCCAGCCAUCACGUGGCUUGAGCUGGAUAGUUGGGAUGGGAGUGACCUUUUCAAUGGUUUACAGAGUGCUGAAGGCAGGAGUGCACCUUUGAAAGCAUUGAUUAACACAGCAUUCUCUUUCCAAACCAUUUUUUUGUUCCACUCAUUCUGUUCAAGUUUAGUCUCUGUAAUCAUGUUGAUUAAAAUGCAAGUAUGAAAUGUAAUUCAUAGGUGAAAAUGAAGGGGAAACGGAAGACAAAACAAACUCUCUAAGCCAGAUUUAACUUAGUACUUGUGUGUGUGAGACUAGCCAGUGUCUAAUUUUUUUUCUUUUUAAGUGGUUAAACCUGUUUUGGGACAAGUUUCCAAGAGCAAUUAGAACAAUGACAAUUUGGCAGUUGUACAGUGUCUGAUCAACAAAUGGCUCUGCAAUGAUUUAAAUUAAUAUCAAACACAUCUUGUGUGAAUUAAUUGCACCGUCAGGCAUCCCUCCAUUUUGCCUUCUGGCUCAUUAAAGGGGUCUUAACUUUGCAAAUGCGUAAUUAGUACUGGUGCGCUGUUGAUCCGGUUUUCAAUCCUCCAGUAUGUGCUGACUACUUUUAGUGGGGAGGUAGAUGGCCCACUGACCAUGCCCUGCAGCAAAAGAUAUUUUCUGUUCUGUUCAUAAAUGUUAUAGCAGCAGGUGGUACUUCAUCCACAGCCUCCUGGCUCAGAGCUAAGGGCACUGCCACUGCUCCACAACAGCUUCAGCCACAGCAAAGAAAAAUAGAUGAAGUAAAGAAUAUCUGUGCAUGAAAGAUGAAGUAUGUUGCUGGUUUAAGUUAGUGCUGAUGGUUACGGCUACUUUGUCAUAGAACAGGGCUGGGUGGCUUCACUCUUAAGAGAUUGGUUAAAGGCAUGCAGUAUUAAAUAGCAUAAAUGGUGUUUGAUCUCACUUGCACAAUUGAAAUGUUGUCAUUUUUAUCUUGAAAACCAGCAGACAGCAAAGCAUUAAUUUGGGAGCCGUAGAAUUUUGAACUUCCUGGUUUAUUAGGUGCAAAGUGCAAUGUUCUGAUCUGAUAGGAGUUUGAAUUUUAGAUUAAAUAAAGUUGACUGCAUAAUGUGACAAAAUCAGAACAAUCCUAGAUGUUGUGCUUCACAAUCCGUGAUUAUAGAAAGUUAAAUCUUUUCAAUCAUGUGUUGUUUUAAAAAGAUGUAAUGUACCCAGCCCCCUUACUGUGCUGUUCUGUGCGUAUGUUGCAUUGAAGUGAAAUAUAUCUUAAAUUUACAUCUUGUUUAAACUGUUUAUGAAUUAAUAAAUGUGCAGUACACAUUAAGCCUUCACACUUCUAGUCUGAAUGAUGACUACAGGAGAGUAGCUAGCUAGUCAAAAUGUUGAAUGCUUCUACAGUGGUUUCCCAGUCAAAAAGCCGUAGGUUUGUCUCCUAUCUAUCAGAGUGUAAAGGUCAUGACAGAUGGAGAGAUGAUCUGUGAAGUUCUGUAACUGUUGCAAGUCGAGUGGUUUUGCAGCAGGUGCUGUUCAGACCAUCGCAGAUGAUCUCCUAAUUUUGUGGUGCUUUCUAACUGGCUUUAGUCACAUCCUUUUUGCAACCCCCCACACCCAAAAGUCCUGCCCUAGAGGUCUGGAAAGAUGGGCUAGGAUUCAUGGCGUCCCUCACCUCUAUUAAAUUUGCUGUCUGUGAAUGUUUGAUGGGGAUUAGACCUUACAAUUGUACUGCUUGCCGUGGAUCAUGUGACACUUCUCAAAAUGGCACUAAUGACCCCAUCUCCACCGGGGAUAACAGAGAAUUAAAAAUAAACACUUUAAGGCAUCUCCUCAGUUGUAACUUACUUAAACUUGUUGUUUUAGUGUUGAUUUUUGGGCUGGUAAUGGGUUAUGAUUUUAUAAAGCUAUGCUUUAAAUGGAAUUGCAUUUUCUGUAGUUCUGACAAGUUUUCUUCAUCACACAUUUCUUGUUAUAUUCUACUUCAUAUUAAUAAACACUUGAUUGAAAUCUA